AUGCUCUCGCAGUUGGCGUGGCCUUUACUGGUGCUACACUUGUGGUUCCCACUCCUACUAUCGGCAAAGGCGCUCAGCCGACCUGCCGAAAACAUCCAGUUUUUGCUCCAUUACUGGCUCUGGUACUUGGGGCUCACACACGUCCAGUUCUACCUCCAGCUUGCUCCGUUCCAGGGCUUGUUGACUUGGCCAUUGCCGUUUUCAAGAUAUGGCUUUUCUACGGCCACGGUUGCAUCUUACUAUCGCUUGGUCCUCAGUGGUGGACAUGGAGGCGGCAUUUAUAGACCCUACCGUCCUGGCUUUCGUGGUAAAGAACCCGUGUUCCAGAGUACCAUGUCAGUGCUUGAGAGGAGCGGGAUCGCCCGCUUUGCUCUGUCCUUGUUUGCAUUCAACCACGAGCUUUGCCGCCUGGUCCUGUGGCCCAAGAGACCCCUGUGCCUCCACCUCGGUGUCGAUUUCUUUUGCUACAUGGACCUGCCACGCGAGCUAGCGCAGCGGUUACAGCUGCUAGAAAGGUUCAUCUUUGGGAUCCGUUCGGCAGUUUCUCCAGCCGUCUCACCUUCACAGAAAGUGUCUCGACUGACGUCCAAAGUCGACUACAACGACCGCAAUGAGUUCUACUCUCCCAAGCGGGAGUUUUCUCCUCGAGAAGUACACUCUCCAAACCGCUUGCAUACCCUUAGUCCCACAUUCCCAGAGAAUAACUCACCGCUAGUGAGGAAAACGAGACGGAAGCCCCCGGAGGAAAGAAGAGUCCGCAGUGCAAGCGUGGGCAGUAUUGACGACCUGGCGUUGCCAUACCCGCUUGAAACAGCUCCUGAACGGAGCGUCUCCGAGGUGAUUUUCAACAAGCGAUAG